UUAGACCCAGAGCUGACUUCCUGCUCGGGGCUCAGGGCUCCGGCGGCCUCUCAGAGCCCCGACUGGGGAGACUGGGGCUGGGGAGACUGGAAGAAUCGGAGGCCAAGUUCAGGCCCAGGCCAGACUGGGCGGGAAAAUGGCUGGAGAGGGUAGAGAGCUCAGCACCAGGAUGUCCUCAGAAAAUCAGAACAUGGACAACAGGCUCUUCUUUGAGACUGUAUUCAAGCACUUCAAAAGACACAAGGUGCAGAUUUCAAAUGCGAUAAAAAAGACAUUUCCUUUCUUUGAAGGCCUACAUGACAACGAACUCAUCACCAGUAAAAUGUAUGAAGACUGUCAAGAUUCUUGUAGAAACCUGGUCCCUGUACCAAGAGUGGUGUACAAUGUUCUCAGUGAGCUGGAGAAGACGUUUAACCCGUCGCUUCUGGAAGCUGUGUUCAGUGAGGUCAACAUGCAGGAAUAUCCUGAUUUAAAUAUCAUUUAUAAAAGCUUCGAAAACGUGAUCCAAGAGAGAAUUAAUUAUGAAGAAAGUAAUGGACAAAACAGGCCUGCCAUCCAACUGAGUCUUGAGCAAGGAACUGGCGGUCAUUCCAGCCCGACCUCCUCUUCACAGGCAGUUCCCUUGUCUCAUGAUGGUAUGACCCCGCGUGAAAAUGGACUCUCGGAUCACCUCAGUGAAACACAGCAGAUGAAUGCGAAGAUGAAAGAUAGAACCAGCGACCAAAAUGGUGCUCUAGAAAGCCAACAAGCAAAUGAACAAUGUGCCCAAGAGUCUGAACCAGCAGGAGCAAAGCCAUCCAACCAUGGACUACAGAUCAAUUCCUGUUCUGUCCAUCUAGAGGAUAUAAAGAAGGAAAAGCCAUUUUUUAACUCAGAAGUUCAACUGCAAGCCCAAACAAGGACUGACCAGGUGUCUGACAUAAUAGUGAUCAGCAGUGAGGACUCUGCAGAAUCCAGUGAUGGAGACGAGUUCCCAGAACCCUCCACACCAACACCAAGAAGAGUGGCUGGGAAUCUUCCUGUCCAAGGGAUCGAACCCGAGUGUCCUCCUUGGCAGGCGGAUACUUUACUACUGAGCCACGUGGGAAGCCAAAAUACCCCAAUUAAGAUAGAACCCAGGAACUUCAGAAAAACAACCACAUCCAGAAAAAGAGUUUGGCAAAGAGUGAUAAGGCGUGAAGAGUCUUUAGAGUCCAGCGAGGACGAGGCGCCCUGGGGAACACAGAGCUCAGCUCUGAGAAGUGAUCCUGAUGAGGAUCCUACAGAUAUCAGAAACACAUCAAGCUGCAGGAGAAGCAAUAGGAAAAGAUGGAUGAGCGGUGGUGACUCUUCAGACUUCAGUAACGAAGGAGAGCCUCAGGCAACAUCUAGUUCAGCCCUAAGAAAUGGGUCAGGUAAAGAAGAUUAGGGUGUCCAGCCUUGGCCUGCAGCAUGUCAGGACUGAAAAGCCACGGUUUUGAAGACCUUGUGUCCUGUUUGUCCUGGAACUUUCUUCAGCAUUUUAAAAAAUAGAAUCAGGCAGGAAAUUUGUUGAUAUAAGAUCUGAGUUGAUGCUGGAACCUGGGGGCCCAAAGCACUGUCAUGGUCCCUGGUAGAGUGGAGUGUAUGAUGUAAGGUAAUGUCCAUCUAACAGUGAGUCCACUCAAUCCAGGGGGUCACUGGGAAGUCAUUACCCAAGUUCCUAAAUGUAUAAUCAGGACAGCCACAGUAGUUGCUUAACUGGUUCUUUAAACCAUAGUUCUUAUCUAUGAAAUAACAAUGAUAUCUUCAGAUCAGA